AAGAACUUCAGUAUGGGUACGUGGUAGGUGAAGCAGGGGUUCUUUUCUUACGUAGUGGUUAGAGUUCAACUUAGAGAAGCGGAUAGGUAUCAAAGAGACACCCGGGACACGAAGCAUGCUCCCUCGCAGGCAGGACUACGGCAUGAAGCGGGGCGCGGCGGCUCGGAGCGGCUCGCUGAUAAACUUUCGGAGCGCGGUGAACUCGGGCUCGGUGCGCCGCAGCUCCGCCGUGCUGCCGUCGGUGCUAACGUUCCUGGUGAUCGUAGCAUCCGGAGGCCUGCUGCUCAUGAUCGAGAAAGGAAUGCUCAACAGCAUGGAGACGCCUUCACCCCGGGGUAACGGCAGGCGGCUGGACUUCAUCCGGCAGGCGGGGAAGCGCAGCGCUGAUGCCGCGGACGUGGAGUUGCAGAUCCUCCAGGAGAUCCGUAACCGGACCAUCAAGACCAUGUGCAGCCAGAAGAACAUGCCCCACAGCAUCUGGUCUCUGAGCCCCCCGCAGAGGAAGACGCUGCUGCAGCACAUCCUGGUGAACGACGAGCACCGCUUCCUGUACUGCUACGUCCCCAAGGUGGCCUGCUCCAACUGGAAGAGGGUUCUGAAGGUCCUGAACGGAGCCCUGGAGAACGUGGACGUCAACAUCAAGAUGGACCACCGCAACGACCUGCUUUUUCUGUCCUCCCUGAAGCCCGAGGAGAUCCGCUACCGCCUCAAGCACUACUUCAAGUUCAUGUUUGUGCGGGAGCCCAUGGAGCGGCUGCUGUCCGCGUACCGGAACAAGUUCGGAGAGAUUGAGUCCUACCAGAAGAGGUACGGGGUGGAGAUAAUAAAGCGGUACAGAAAGGGCCACGCGAAGGACACAUCUGUAACAGGAGACGACGUGACCUUCGCGGAGUUUGUCCGUUACUUGCUGGAUGAGGACGUGGAGCGCAUGAACGAGCACUGGAUGCCCGUGUACAACUUGUGCCAGCCGUGUGCUGUUUCUUACGACUUCAUUGGCUCCUACGAGAAUCUCGAAAGCGACGCAGAGUUCGUGCUCCAGCGCAUCGGGGCACCUCCUUAUGUUCACUUCCCAGAGAGGCAAACGUGGUACAAGCCGGUCACCACAGAAACGUUACACUAUUAUUUGUGCAGCUUACCACAGAAGCUACUGAGGGAACUCCUGCCCAAGUACAUUUUAGACUUUUCUCUAUUCACAUAUCCCCUCCCCAACACAACCACUGAACACUGCCGGCAUUAAGCGUGCAAUCUUUUAUAGUUUUGAGAUUAUUUUUAUAGAGAAUCAUUUGUACUAUUUUUAUUCCAUGGGAACAAAAGGUAUUUUGAGAGCUGUUACACUUUUUGUUUGUUUUUUUUAAACUGGCGACGUCUUCAUAGCAUUUCAAAACCACUAAAGCUUCAAAUCCAAUACAGGAAAAAGUUACUGAUCCGUAUGUUGUAUGGCCUGUUACAGGAAAUGAUUUGUUGCAGUAUUCGAUGAUGAAAAUGUUGAUACGGUUGCAAGACCAAA